GAGCUGACACUGGUCACUUCCCACCCGCCUCCGCCUCCAAUCUGGCCCACCCACAGAACUGGGCUCUUGACAAACUUGACAGGGAUUAAAGGAGGCGAAAGACGUUGGUCUUCACUUCCCAUAUCCAUGCUCUUGACGUGGUGUACCAUCUACACUCUACAGUUUGCUGGCACUGCAAGACCUGGUUCUAGUCUGAAGUGGGAAGACAGCAUCAAGAAAGACUUGUUUUCAGUAUUGCGACCACACUGCACAAGUAGAAAACAAGAAUGUCGAGAAGAUUGCAAAGAAAGAGGACAAAAGUUUGAAUCCUGGCUGAAUGAACUGUCAGAGCCUCUGUUAGAGAAAGGAUCCCCAUGGAGAGAAAUGCGAAAUGAAAGUCCUGUGCAUCUUGUACCAUGCCUUGUCCGGCUGUUACGAGAAUGUUUGCUGACUCAUAGUUGGAGCAAAGUCUUGCAGAUUUUAGAUUGUCUUGCUUACAUUCCAAAGGGUGUGGACUGGAUUGUUUGGAAGGCAAGUCUUGCCACAAUGUACACUGAACCAGAUACCAAUAACGAGUUAAUUGAACAGUUUUUCAGGCAGCUUUACCUUCUGACAGAAGUGGACAUGCUAGAGACUGUCUUAGAAUACAUAAAGUUCCUCAUUACCCAUGGCAUGAUUGAUGAGGCAGGAGAUGUCAUCAAAUACGGGAACAGCAAGGAUAAAGAGAGAAGACGCAGGAUUCAAACUGAUUUAACUACAAAUCAGAAGAAUCUUCUAACUGCCUAUCAUGGCCUACUUUACUAUAUAGAGUGGCAUGGUGCUGUUAACAAAGCAGACAAUCAUAAUUUUUCCCAGCUGUCUCGGUCCUGUUAUGAUAUGAUGCAACACCAGGAAGAGUCAACCAGUGUAACUGCACAUCUGGCAAGAAACUAUGCUCUGGCUUCUUUCGAAACCUUAUCUAAAAAGAAAGGAGUGUGGGACAUAUUUUUAUCUAAGGCUGUGGAGAUUUAUGAGUAUUACCAGGACUUCGAGGGUGCAAAAUGUCUAUUGGAAAACUACCGCAAGAAUAAUCCAAACAACCCUAACUCUCAUCGCUUUUUGUUUGAGUUACUGCAAAGGAAUGCUUUUUGUUUUGAAGAUGAUGUGAUAGAGGAAAAGUUAAGCUGCUUACAGAGUAUUGCCAACCUGGAUCCUGCUAACCCACUUGUGUUGCAACUCUGUGAUGAGUUACAAGAAUCAAAAGAUGUUCGUGUAGUUGACUACCUUUUUGAUCUGUUGGACUAUGAGGUCUGGCGAGAGAAGCUGGAAGGCUGGAAGCUGUUAGCUCAGUCUUUGCUCAUCUGCUCCAUGGAAGACUGCAAGAAACAGAAAGCUGUGAAGAGUCAUCUUUCAAGGUGCUGGUCAACAAGGAAAGACUGGUGGCCCUCAUACCAUUUUACUUUUAAGACUACUUCAUCUGCCGCUCAGUCUGACCUACUGGCUUCCAAAAUUUUGAUUGCCUCAGUUUUAUUAGGAGAAGACAGUGAAUUUUGCCAAAAAACCAAACACCAGUUGGACAAGGCUACACAUCUAGAUGUGGAGAUGAAACUAAUCCAGAUUACCAACAGUGACUUUGUCUUGAGAAAAAACAUUUCAGAUAGAGACUCAAGCAGUUCAGGCAGAGACCUCAACAGCCCAGACAAAAGUCCUGAUAGUUUACCUCAAAAACGACUGAGAUUGACCUCAGCAUCAAGUCUGCAAAUAUCCCAGGAUUUGAUGUAACAUUUCUGUUCUUUGCGUUCUCGCAUUUUGUUGUGAUAAUUUGACUAAUGUAGUGACAGAUGUGUAGAAACACUGACUGGAUGUAUUUUAUAAAAUACAGAUGAAAGUAAAAAA